UCAAAGAGCGUAUUUUUUUCAUAGGAAGGCUCUAGGGCUGUUAAACGUGUCUCGAUAGCCCCUCAAAAGUCCGUACACCAUGCCUAAGCCCGCUGCACAAGAAGGGGACGAUCCCGAUCCAACCCCAUACUUGUUCGUUUCUCUUGAACAGAAACGUAUCGACCAGACCAAGCCCUAUGAUGCCAAAAAGUCGUGCUGGGUACCGGACGAAAAGGAAGGUUUCUUACUUGGAGAGAUCAAGGGCACCAAGGGUGAUCUUGUUACCGUUGGCAUCCCCGGAGGAGAGGAAAAGACAUUUAAGAAGGAAAAUGUGCACCAAGUCAACCCUCCAAAGUACGAAAAGGUCGAAGAUAUGGCCGAUUUAACCUACCUUAACGACGCAUCUGUCCUACACAAUUUGAAGCAGCGUUACUAUUCCAAACUCAUCUACACAUACUCUGGUCUUUUCUGCGUUGCUAUCAACCCCUACAAGCGCUUCCCCGUAUACACCAACCGUUGUGCCAAGCUAUACCGUGGCAAGAGGCGUAAUGAAGUACCACCACACAUUUUCGCCAUUUCUGACGCUGCCUACGUGAACAUGUUGACCAACCACGAAAAUCAAUCUAUGUUGAUUACUGGCGAGUCUGGUGCCGGAAAGACUGAGAACACGAAAAAGGUAAUCGCUUACUUCGCCACCGUCGGUGCCUCGUCCAAGAAACCAACCGAAGAACAAGCCAAGAAGGGUAACUUGGAAGAUCAAGUCGUACAAACUAACCCUGUUCUUGAAGCCUUUGGUAACGCCAAGACUGUCCGUAACGACAACUCUUCUCGUUUCGGUAAAUUCAUCCGUAUCCACUUCGGUCCUACCGGAAAACUUGCUGGUGCUGACAUCGAGACUUAUCUGCUCGAGAAAGCCCGUGUCAUUUCUCAACAGUCACUGGAAAGAUCUUACCACAUCUUCUACCAGAUAAUGUCUGGUGCUGUCCCUGGAUUGAAGGAAAAGUGUUUGUUGUCCAAUAACGUGAACGACUACUACUUCGUAUCCCAAGGAAAGACCUCAAUUCCCGGUGUAGAUGACAACGAAGAAAUGAGAUUGACCGAUGAAGCCUUCGACAUCCUUGGUUUCACCCAAGAAGAGAAGGACAAUGUCUACAGGGUUACCGCCGCCGUCAUGCACAUGGGUUGCAUGAAGUUCAAACAGAGGGGUCGUGAAGAACAGGCUGAACCAGAUGGUACCGAGGAAGGUGACCGCGUCGGCAAACUCUUGGGAGUCGAACCAGCGCUUCUAUAUAACGCUCUAGUCAAGCCCAGGAUCAAGGUCGGUAACGAAUUCGUUACCCAAGGUCGUAACGUCGCCCAGGUCAACUACUCUGUCGGUGCCAUGUCUAAGGCCAUGUUCGACAGAACCUUCAAAUACCUCGUCAAGAAGUGUAACGAGACUUUGGACACCAAGCAGAAGAGGCAGCACUUCAUCGGUGUACUGGAUAUCGCCGGUUUUGAAAUCUUCGACUUCAACAGCUUUGAACAGUUUUGCAUCAACUUUACGAAUGAAAAGUUGCAACAAUUCUUUAACCACCACAUGUUCGUUCUCGAACAAGAAGAAUACAAAAGGGAAGGUAUCGAAUGGACCUUCAUCGAUUUCGGUAUGGACUUAGCAGCCACUAUCGAACUCAUCGAAAAGCCUAUGGGUAUCUUGUCCAUCCUUGAAGAAGAAUCUAUGUUCCCCAAAGCCACCGACAAGACCUUUGAGGAGAAACUGAACACCAACCACUUGGGCAAAUCACCCAACUUCCAGAAACCUAAACCACCAAAGCCCGGUCAGCAAGCUGCCCACUUCACCUUGGGCCAUUAUGCCGGUAAUGUACCCUAUAACAUCACCGGUUGGUUAGAAAAGAACAAGGAUCCCCUUAACGACACCGUUGUCGACUUGUUCAAGAAGGGCAGCAACGCCUUGAUAGUAGACAUCUUCGCCGAUCACCCCGGACAAUCCGGUGGUGCUGCUGAAAAGGGUGCAAAGAGAACCAAGGGUUCUGCUUUCCAGACUGUAUCCAGUUUAUACAGGGAACAAUUGAACAACUUGAUGACCACCUUGAGGUCCACCCAACCUCACUUCGUCCGUUGUAUCAUUCCCAAUGAAUUGAAACAACCCGGAAUGAUCGACUCCCACUUGGUAAUGCACCAGCUGACAUGUAACGGUGUACUUGAAGGUAUCCGUAUCUGUCGUAAAGGUUUCCCCAACAGGAUGGUGUACCCAGACUUCAAACUCCGUUACAAGAUUUUGGAUCCUGCUGGUGCUAGUAAGGCGUCUGACCCCAAGAAAUGCGCCGAAAUUAUCUUGAACGCCACUGGUCUUGACAGUGAACUGUACCGUCUUGGUCACACUAAGGUAUUCUUCCGUGCCGGUGUCCUGGGUCAGAUGGAGGAACUUCGUGACGAACGUCUUGGCAAGAUCGUCACCUGGAUGCAAUCCUGGGUGCGCGGUUACCUCUCGAGAAAGGAAUUCAAGAAGUUACAGGAACAACGCUUGGCCCUCCAAGUGUGCCAGAGAAACUUGCGCAAAUACCUCAAGCUUCGUACCUGGCCAUGGUACAAACUGUGGCAGAAAGUCAGGCCACUCCUCAACGUCACCCGAAUCGAGGAUGAGAUCGCGAAACUGGAAGAGAAGGCGGCCAAGGCCCAGGAAGCCUACGAGCGCGAGGAAAAAGCCAAGAAGGAACUAGAAGCCUUGUACGCCAAGCUCUUGGCCGAAAAGACUGAGCUCUUAGCCACCUUGGAAGGAGAAAAGGGUAACCUUUCCGAAACCCAAGAGAGGGCCGGCAAGCUCCAGGCCCAGAAGAACGACCUCGAGUCUCAACUAUCCGAAACUCAAGACCGCCUCAGCCAGGAGGAAGACGCCCGCAACCAACUCCAGCAACAAAAGAAAAAGUUGGAGCAGGAGGUAUCCGGCUACAAGAAGGACAUCGAAGACUUGGAACUCAGCCUUCAGAAGUCCGAGCAGGACAAAGCCACCAAGGACCAUCAAAUCAGGAACUUGAACGAUGAGAUCGCCCACCAGGACGAGCUCAUCAACAAGCUCAACAAAGAAAAGAAACUCUCCGGCGAGAACAGCCAGAAGAUCGGCGAAGAACUCCAGGCGGCCGAAGACAAAGUCAACCACUUGAACAAGGUGAAGGCCAAGCUCGAACAAACCCUCGACGAAUUGGAAGACUCCCUGGAACGCGAGAAGAAACUCCGCGGCGACGUGGAGAAAUCCAAACGCAAGGUAGAAGGCGACUUGAAACUCACCCAGGAAGCCGUCGCUGACUUGGAACGCAACAAGAAGGAACUCGAACAGACCAUCCAACGCAAAGACAAGGAAAUCUCAUCUCUCACCGCCAAACUCGAAGACGAACAAUCCGUGGUUAGCAAGCAACAGAAACAGGUCAAGGAACUCCAGGCCCGCAUCGAAGAACUCGAGGAGGAAGUCGAAGCGGAACGUCAAGCCCGCGCCAAGGCUGAGAAGCAGCGCGCUGACUUGGCCCGCGAGUUGGAGGAGCUCGGUGAACGUCUUGAGGAAGCUGGAGGCGCUACCUCUGCUCAGAUCGAGCUCAACAAGAAGCGUGAAGCUGAACUUGCCAAGCUCCGUCGCGAUCUCGAGGAAGCCAACAUCCAACACGAAGGUACCCUCGCCAAUCUCCGCAAGAAGCACAACGAUGCCGUCUCCGAGAUGGGCGAACAAAUCGACCAACUCAACAAACUCAAGGCCAAGGCUGAAAAGGAAAAGGCUCAAUACUUUGGUGAACUCAAUGACCUCCGCGCAUCUGUCGACCACUUGGCUAACGAAAAGGCUGCAAUUGAAAAGGUAUCUAAGCAAUUGGGACAACAACUCAACGACGUCCAAGGCAAACUCGACGAAACCAACCGCACUCUUAACGACUUCGACGCCGCUAAGAAGAAGUUGGCCAUCGAGAACUCUGACCUCCUUAGACAACUCGAAGAAGCUGAAUCCCAGGUAUCCCAACUCAGCAAGAUCAAGGUAUCCCUUACCACCCAAUUGGAAGACACCAAGAGAUUGGCCGAUGAAGAAGGCCGCGAACGCGCCACCCUUCUCGGCAAGUUCCGCAACUUGGAACACGACUUGGACAACAUCCGCGAACAGGUCGAAGAGGAAGCUGAAGCCAAGGCCGACAUCCAACGUCAGCUCAGCAAAGCUAACGCCGAAGCUCAACUCUGGCGCCAGAAAUACGAAUCUGAAGGUAUCGCCCGCUCUGAAGAACUCGAGGAAGCCAAGAGGAAACUCCAGGCUCGUCUCGCUGAGGCUGAGGAAACCAUCGAGUCCCUCAACCAGAAGGUUGUAGCCCUCGAGAAGACCAAACAACGAUUGGCCACCGAAGUGGAAGACUUGCAACUCGAAGUCGACCGUGCCAACGCCAUCGCCAACGCCGCCGAGAAGAAACAGAAGGCCUUCGACAAGAUCAUUGGAGAAUGGAAACUCAAGGUAGACGAUCUCGCCGCUGAACUCGACGCCAGCCAAAAGGAAUGCAGAAACUACUCCACCGAACUGUUCAGACUCAAGGGAGCCUACGAAGAAGGACAGGAACAACUCGAAGCCGUCCGCCGCGAGAACAAGAACCUCGCCGAUGAAGUCAAGGACCUCCUCGACCAAAUCGGUGAAGGCGGCCGCAACAUCCACGAAAUCGAAAAGGCCAGGAAACGCUUGGAAGCCGAAAAGGACGAACUCCAAGCCGCCCUUGAAGAAGCCGAAGCCGCUCUUGAACAAGAAGAGAACAAGGUACUCCGCGCUCAACUUGAACUUUCUCAAGUCCGCCAAGAAAUCGACAGGCGCAUCCAAGAGAAGGAGGAAGAAUUCGAAAACACCCGCAAGAACCACCAACGCGCUCUCGACUCCAUGCAAGCCUCCCUCGAAGCCGAAGCCAAGGGUAAGGCUGAGGCCCUUCGCAUGAAGAAGAAGUUGGAAGCUGACAUCAACGAACUCGAAAUCGCUUUGGACCACGCUAACAAGGCUAACGCUGAAGCCCAAAAGACCAUCAAACGCUACCAACAACAGCUCAAGGACACACAAACCGCCCUCGAGGAAGAACAACGCGCCCGUGACGAGGCCCGCGAACAACUCGGAAUCUCCGAACGUCGCGCCAACGCCCUCCAGAACGAACUUGAAGAAUCCCGCACCCUCUUGGAACAAGCUGACCGUGCUCGCCGCCAAGCCGAACAAGAACUUGGUGAUGCUCACGAACAACUGAACGACUUGGGUGCCCAGAACGCCUCCUUGUCCGCGGCCAAGAGGAAACUGGAAACCGAACUCCAGACUCUCCAUUCCGACCUCGACGAACUCCUCAACGAAGCCAAGAACUCCGAAGAAAAGGCCAAGAAGGCCAUGGUCGACGCUGCCCGUCUCGCCGACGAGCUCCGCGCCGAACAAGACCACGCCCAGACCCAGGAGAAACUCCGCAAGGCCCUCGAAGCCCAAAUCAAGGACCUCCAAGUCCGCUUGGACGAAGCCGAAGCCAACGCCCUCAAGGGAGGCAAGAAGGCUAUCGCCAAGCUCGAGCAACGCGUCAGGGAGCUUGAGAACGAAUUGGACGGUGAACAGAGGAGACACGCCGACGCCCAGAAGAACUUGAGGAAAUCCGAGCGCCGCAUCAAGGAGCUCAGCUUCCAGGCCGAAGAGGACCGCAAGAACCACGAACGCAUGCAGGACCUCGUAGACAAACUCCAACAGAAGAUCAAGACUUACAAGAGGCAGAUCGAGGAAGCCGAAGAAAUCGCCGCCCUCAACUUGGCCAAAUUCCGCAAGGCACAACAGGAACUCGAGGAAGCAGAAGAACGCGCGGACCUCGCAGAACAGGCCAUCGCUAAAUUCCGCGCGAAGGGACGUUCCGGAUCAACGGCCAGAGGAGCCAGCCCUGCACCAAGACAGCGCCCCACAUUUGGAAUGGGAGACGCCCUUGGAGGACCUUUCCCUCCCAGGUUCGACCUAGCCCCUGAAUUGGAGUAAACCUAGCGCUGUGUUAUGAUAACUCAAUACGAACAUUUACGCGUGGAGUUACCACCUAGUCCGCGCGCUUAAUUUUACUCACAUUUAUUUUAAUUAUUUUUUAUUUUCGUUCUUCUUUUUUUUUUUGUUGAACAUUAGGAAAGUAUGAUUCCGCUGUCAAAUUACGUAAAAAUGUGCGAGAAGUAGGAGAAGAAAGGGAUAUUCAGAGACACGUAUUUACCACCUACAGCCCUUUGGUCUCUUGGUUCUCACAAAGCCAACUUUGUAUUUUUUAAAAACUGAUAGGUUCUAAAUUAUCGUAUGUGUGACAUGUUGUAUGAUAUAAGGCACCAAUAAACAAAAAGUUAUAUCGUUAUCGUAUUUA